ACUUUCUUGCCGUGCACUCCAAGAGGAUUGCUUCUGGAAUAUGACUAACACAAAGAAAAUCAAUGGAUAAAAUAUAUAAGGAACUGUAUGUAUUUCAGCCCAAAAUAGACAAAAUCCUUUGGGUUCGAUUUCAAUGGAUCCGGAAGCUCAUUCUACGCACUUGCCCUCUGUCUAUGCGGCUGACGCCAACUCCAAAUCCUCAGGAAAUGCUGCCGAUGGAGAUCAUGUCACGAAACAGGUGCACGAGUUCUACUUCGUGAAGCAGCACGCAAAUGAGAACCCGUACUUGAUCAAAGCAGAGAAUCUCAUUCAGAAACUGAACCAAAAACGUUUGCAGAUUCACCAGACCAGAGACGAAAAACUGAUGUAUCGAGAUAAAUUGACUCGAUGCUCGAACCACACGCAUUAUUAUUACCCGGUUAGGACUUGGAAGAGGGACAGCUUUAAAUCACUGCAACUAUCUCUUGACAAGCUCACUUUUGCUAACAACUCGAGCCGUGGAAGAGCCAUUAAACCCAACUCAGCUGUGAAAGAGAUCGAUAACCACAGCUUGCACUUCGGGUUGCUACAUGGGAACAAGAGCUUGCGAGAGGAAGGACAGAUCCUGAGAAAGAUAAAGGAAGCAGAAGAGAUACCAGAAGAUACAUCUGUCAGAGAUUUUGAUGAUAAAAUUCGUGAGUUGAGCAGACGGAUCCAGUGGAGGCUAAACAUCAAAGCAGAUGAAAAGGAGCAAAUCUUGAGAGAAAUUGAAAAGAUAGAGCGGGCAAGAGCAGAAGCCACUGAAAGCGCUACUGCCAGUGCAGCUUUGAAUGGAAAGAUGUGGCAUUCGUUGGGCUCAAAGGAAGACAUAGUACAGCAAAUCAAAACGAUUGGUGACGAACUGGAUAAGGAGAGAGCAGAAUAUUUGAACUCCAAAAGGAAAGCUGAGAAAAAACGGGAGGCUGUGGAGGCUGAUUUAGGUCGUUUGGAGAAGCGACUGACUCACACGGUACAACUGAAAAACGAAGCCACAAAAUGCAUUUCCAGGUGGAGGACCGAGCACAGAGAAAAGAAUGUCAGCUACAACAACUACGUUGAGCUAAUGAUGAAUGCCCGAGAACUCGCUGAAAGGAAAGAACUCUCAGCCAUGCAAAAGUUAUCUUCCGAUGAGGUCGAGAAAUUCAUGUGGCAAUGGAGCAAUAACAAAGCUUUCCGGGACGAAUACCGAAGGAGGACUGCAGAGUCGCUGAACAACCGGAGCUUGACCGUAGACGGCCUGAGAAAGGACCAGACGAGAAACCGAUUUUCGUGA